AUGGAUCCCAACAGCAUCGACAUCGCUGAGAACAGGCGCCGCAUGCUUGCAGGCGAGCUCUAUUAUGCCUGGACCCCCGAUCUGACGGCCGAUCGUCAGCGCUGCAAGGCCGCUACCAAAGCGUUCAACGAGCGCUGCACCAGUGGGAACGCCUCUAGAAGAGAGCUGGUUGAGCUUUGGAAGGCCAUCCUAAACGACACCACACCCCUUCCUCCGCCAGGAGCAACCCCUGAGGAGGACCAAAAACUGCUUCGCGAUUAUCCAUGGUGUGACGGGGCCAUCAAGUUCGACUACGGGUUCGGCAGCCAAGUCUACAUUAAUAGUAAUUGCACCUUUCUCGACACAUGCACGAUCACGAUCGGCUCACGCGUGCUGAUCGGGCCAAACGUGUCCUUCUUCGCCGCGACGCACCCGACGGAUCCGUUCGUGCGCAACGGGUUGCUGGGUCCAGAACUCGGCAAGCCCAUCACCAUCGGGGAUGACUGCUGGAUUGGUGGCGGCGCAAUUAUAUGCCCUGGCGUCACGAUCGGUCGCGGGGUUACCGUUGGCGCGGGGAGCGUGGUCACCAAGGAUGUAGAGGACUUCGUGGUUGUGGCAGGGAACCCCGCACGUGUGAUCAAACGUCUGGAUGUGGAAGCUCAGUUAAAGAAGGAGAGGGAGGAGAGGGAGAGCAAUAGGUGA